AUGGCUUCUCACGACGAAUUGCGGACCACGUGCAGUAAACAGCUGAAUUUUAAACCUGCUCAAACCCUCUUGAGGUUAGCAGAGGAGAAUAAUUUAGUUAUAACAGACGCAGCAUUCGCUACACUCCUAGAUGAACAAGAUAAAUUGAAAACCCUUCGCGAAGAGUUCUAUUAUCCUAAGAUUAAGGAUCUACCUACAGGUGAGCUCAUAUUUACUCUAUAGGAAGACCUUGUGGUACCUGGUAUAAUCGAUAAGUACAAGAAUGGUGUAAAUUAUACUGAAACAGGAGUCAGAUAGACUAGGAACUCUUUUGGCGGUCUUUUACAUGUUUCACUGUCACGCCAUCAGAAAUUUAAUCGAUAACGUCCAGAACCAGGUGAAAAGAUGAUAAAUUAUAAUGUAACAGCCCUGCCAUGAUUCAAGUCAAAAGCUUUGCAAAAGCUAAGAAAUUAAAACGUACCCUGGCACAAAACGUUGAACCCCUUCGACCUGAACAUUUGUAAAAAUAUUGAGCUUUUAAAUUUAUUAGCUGCAUGUAGCUUAAGUUAGAACUAAGAAGAAGCAAUAAUUCUUCAGUUCGAAUUUAGAUCACUUCAUGUGAAAACCCAUUAGGGUCUAAGGAAUGUUUGUUAAAAUCAUUAUGCUAAAUUCGAUCCAUCAAAAAGGUAUGCCCAGAAUAUAAUGCUCAUAAUUAUCAGCACGCAUGAUCAAGUAUACAUGUAAGCUUUUUAUGCUCUUAAUAAUGUCAGACUUAAAUGACACUUUUCCUUCCCGUGAUAUAUAGUGAAUAAACAUUUCUACAGUUCUCGAUCAUUGCUUUUCUCUGAUAGCAGAGGCCUCUUUUCCUUUGUAUUCGGUGACGGAAUACCAUUGUCAAUGUUAUAUUGUUUUGAGGAGAGGUUAAAUAUUAUAUUAUGAAUUGAUUUGAAUUCCUGCCUGGGAUCAGGCUCCACAGUGGGGGAAAAGGUGAAAAAAAAUAUUACAAUGAAUCCAUGCCAAUAUUCAAUGAAGGGGUUGGGCAUACUCGUCACCUCAUUUUAGGAAAUUUAAAUGAAAGAUUUUGGUAUCACCAAGGCUUUUGAGGAUAUCACUGAGCAUUAAUAAUUGAUGUGCUCAGGGAAUAUGAGAAAGGGAGGAGAAAAAAAGCCCAAAAUUAAUAAAGAAAGAAGAAAGAAAGAUUUUAUGAGAACUUUUGUAUCAGAAAUAUGAAGAUAACUGCAACUCUUUAAAUUUGGCUGAAAUUUAUUGAGAAAAAAGAUAGCCUGCAAGCAAGAACUCCUUUUGGCACAUAUAGACCUUGUCACGGUUUUCGAUGCCAUCUUGACAAGUAGGCAAAUGCAUGAGAAAUUACACUGUUUGUAAAACAGUAUGAGAAUGUAAUGUCGAACAAUUUCCGUAGAACAGCUGUUCUUAAAAAAAUAUGAUUUGUAAACUAAAGCUUCACUCCUAAGGAUUCUACUGAAAAAAUUUGAGGGCAUUACAUGCACUAGAAGACCUAAAACCACUUUUUAAAUUUCCUAUACAUUUGUCUGUUGGAAAGUCCUGGGAAAAUUACAGACAAACAUAUGGAAAAUCUAAAGCAAGCCUCUGGAGAAAUUUAAGCACAGGUACGCUUCCAAAAUUUUUUAGGACAAUAGGCCAUUUGCACUAAGAGGUCAUGUGACAUAGUUUUCAUGAAAAUGAAAGCUAUAUGAGUUUGCCUUCGAAAAACGAUUAGUGGGUCAUAUCUGAAACAUAAUAAUAGUGAUUUGGUUUUUCAAGCCCGCACCAUUUUCUUAAAAUGAGUAAGUUCCUCGCUGGUCACGUGACCAAAAUGUGAUUUUUAAAAUUAUGAAUUACUUCUUUCUGAACACAAGCUUUGUACGUUUAACAAGAUAUAAGCAAAAAGUAGUUUUGGCCGCCAUAUUGGAGGGCAAGAGUAUGCCCUCCAACAUGGCGGCCAAUACAAAUCAUACUGCUUUGUUGAAAAAUCAAAGUGCCAUAAAAUAUCUCCUUUACAUGCGUUUCCUCUCAAAUUUCGGCUGUAAGCUAAUUUUUAUGUGCUCUGUCAAUUUUUGGCAUCAACAGGAUUCCAACUCAUUGUUUACAGGAAGCAAUGGUCACGUGACCUCUUAGUGCAAGUGGCCUAUCCUAAAUGCUUUGUAGCUUUAGUUUUUUUCAGAACAGCCGUUUUAAGGAAAUUAUUUGACAUUAGAUUCUCAUACAAACACUGUAAUUUCUCACACGUUUGCCUACUCAUCAAGAUGGCGUCGAAAACCGUGACAAGGUCUAUUGUGAAGUCACAUGUGAGCAGCACACAAACAAAGAUCCAAGAGCAAGGGGCAUGGAAAGAAAGCAGUGCCUUGAAUUUAAUUUAGCUUAACUUUCAUUUAGCCAUGUAAAAUGCCAUUUAUAGGGAUCCUGCCAUACUCACCUGCUCGCUGCAGGUGGGAUCUGGCCAGAUAAGGAAGCAUUCCCUGUGGGAUCCCACUUGAAUUCCGAGGUGGAACAUCCAGGAUCC